AUGCCUUACACAUCAUUCGCAGUCGCAGGUGCUGGGCCCACGAUCGGCGGUCGUAUAGUAAAGGCCCUGAUUACGGACCCACGUCCUAACCCCCUUCUUCAAGGUGCCAAGAUCGCAAACGUGAACUACGCGGACGUGCCAGGAGUGUCGACUGUCCUCCGUGAUAACAAUGUGGAAGUUCUCAUCUCUGCGCUGUCUUUCGCGGCACUUCAGGCUCAAAUACCUCUCGCUGAGGCUGCUCAGGCUGUGUCCGUGAAGUUACUUGUGCCAUCUGAGUUCGGAAUGCCAUCCGAAGGGGCCACGGACGGAGUCCUUGCGAUCAAAUCACAGUUUGUCGCGUACGCGAAAUCACUGGGUAUUCCCGUACUACGUGUCUACUGUGGCAUGUUCAUGGAAUUCAUCCCAUGGUUAACGGGCGUCGAACUGGGCAAAUUCCAUUUACUGGGCCAGCAAAACAUGCCCGCUUCUUUCACCUCGCUGGAUGACGUAUCAGGCUUCGUUGCGCACGCUCUCACGACUUUCCCAUCAUCAUCCCUCCACGAUGCCACGUACCGUAUCGAGGGUGAUCGCACGUCUCUGGAGGAUAUCGGGGCUCUGUAUGAGGGGCGUGAUCCUCCGGUGCCAGCCGUACAUGUCGACAAGCUCCCGGACGGCUUUGACAAGCAGACGUUCUUGCAAGCUAAGUUCGCCGAGGGAAGAAUCAGCGCGGGUUGGGAUAAUUAUCUCAAUAAGGAUGUCCCAGAGAACGCCGCCAGUGGCACUAAAGCGUGGGAGGGACGUCAUUGGAAAACGGUUAAGGAGGUCUUAGGAUUUUAA